CCAUAAUCGUGCUCAUUUUCCGACUUACCAGAGCGUCGCAUACGUGCAGUUCGUGAAAGGAAGUAUCACAACGAGCUGCUUGGAGAUCAUUUUGGGGGCUGAAGGCGGAUCCGGGCUCCUGCUGAAGAGAAGUCAACAUGGCUCAGACCUACACACCGUCGCUACCUGACGUCACGGCGGCCCUGCUGGGCGACACAUCCAAGGGAACACCAGCCAAAGGGAACAUCAUUCCGAUCUACAGGUCCCUGCCUGCUGACUUGCUCACGCCCGUCGUCGCAUACCUCCGAAUGACAAAUGGCGCAGAGAAGGGGCGGCAUGGCUUUCUUUGCGAGAGUGUCACGGAAGGCGAAAAGAUUGGCCGGUAUAGCUUCGUAGGGGGAGAUCCGUACAAGGUCAUUCGGACAGGCCCGCACCUGGAGCUCCAAGGGGAUCCUCUUACGCAUAUACAGAAGGAACUCAAAGACUUCAAAUACGUUCCGCUACCCAACAUGCCCAAAUUCACCGGCGGCGGCAUGGGCUACAUCUCCUACGACUGCGUGCACUACUUUGAGCCACGGACCGCGCGCCCGCUUUCGGACCCACUCGACAUUCCCGAGUCGGUCUACAUGUUCUGCGAUACGCUGAUCAUUUUUGACCGCAUCUUCCAAUCGAUCAAGUGUGUAUCACACGUGCACCUUGCCGCCGACGCUCCGCAGACGGCGGAGGAGGUGCAGCGACGGUACGAGGCGGCAGCGGCCAAGGUGGAGGCGCUGGCGAGGAGGGUGCUGUCUGCGGAGACGCCUCUUCCAGAGCAGGCGGCGAUCAAGCUCGGGAACGAAGCUGUGAGCAACGUGGGGAAGGAAGGUUACGAGGGGUUUGUGACGAGCCUGCGUAAGAGCAUCGUCAAGGGGGAUAUUAUCCAGGCGGUGCCUUCGCAGCGAUUAGCGCGCCCAACUUCGCUGCACCCGUUCAACAUCUACCGGCACCUGCGGCAGAUUAACCCUUCACCGUACAUGUACUACGUCGAUGUGGCCGACUGCCAGAUCAUUGGCGCGUCGCCGGAGACGCUGUGCAAGAUCGAGGACGGAAAAGUGGCGGUGCACGCGAUCGCGGGAACGGUUAAGCGUGGCGCAUCGGACGAGGAGGACACUGCGCUCGGGGCGGCGCUGCUGGCGAGCGAGAAGGACCGCGCGGAGCACGUCAUGCUGGUGGACCUGGCGCGGAACGACAUCUCACGCGUGUGCUUGCCGGCGACGACGCAGGUCGAGUCGUUCAUGCAGCUGGAGAAGUUCUCGCACGUCAUCCACCUUACAUCGCGCGUCACGGGUCAGCUGCGCGCGGGCAAGGAUCGCUUCGAUGCGUUGCGCUCCAUCUUCCCCGCGGGCACGGUUUCCGGCGCGCCCAAGAUCCGCGCGAUUGAGCUCGUCGCAGACCUCGAGAAGGAGAAGCGUGGCGUGUACGCGGGCGCCGUCGGGCACAUUGACUAUGCGGAAAGGGAGAUGGACGUUGCGAUCGCCAUCCGCACGAUGACGUACAAGGAUGGGACGGUGUACAUGCAGGCGGGCGGCGGCAUCGUGUUUGACAGCGUGGAGGAGGACGAGUACAUGGAGACGAUCAACAAACUCGGCGCCAAUGUGCGCUGCGUGGACGAAGCGGAAGCGUACUACUACCGAGCGCAGCAGGCGAGCUGAGGAGAGCGCUGUAGGAUUGUGCGAGUGUGCAUGGGGUGUGGCGCGUGGAAUCGAUGCAAUAUUAUGCUAUGCUGAUCUG